UCUCCCUCCCCAUCAGUGUGGGUGUUGUUCAAUGUUCACCAGCCAUGAUCUCCGUCUGAUGGAAGGCAGAUCAAUCCCGGAAACCCAUCCAUCCGUUCAUUCACUGAUCGCCCAUUGCCCGCUAGGUUAAGGCCAUCAUCAUCAUCAUCAUCAUCCAAAUCAUCAUCCUUCUCUAGUCAGGUUCCCUCUUAACAUGACGCCCGUCUAGACCACCCUCAUGAGUACGAGCAUCAUGAGCCGGGCCAAUCGGCCGGAAGAGCCGGAUUCGGCCGAGGCCAGUCCGAAGAACCAUCAUCAUCAUCAUUCCGAUCACGGGCACGGCGGCGAAUCCAGUGCGGCCUCGCCGGCCGACGACGCCAUGACGGGCGGGAAAGAGGACGAGGAUGAGACGGAGAGCAAGACGCACGAAGACGAGGACGAAGAAGGGCGGAGGCGAGGCCGGUUGGCCAAAGAGGGCGGUGAGGACGAACUGGAGGAGGAGGGCGAGGAGGGCGAGGGAGGUGACGACGACAACGGCGAGAUUGUGGAGAUGAAUGUGGGCAAACGGCCCUAUCACGGCAAGGUGUGGAAGAAAGCGGGCAACGGAGAGGUUAUGAAAUACCAUUGUCUGACGCAUGCUAAGGAUUACACGCCCGGCGAGGCCGUUUACAUCGAGAGCCAAAGACCCGAUCAGCCCUACUACAUUUGCCAGAUUCAGGAUCUGAAAAUGAGCAAACGUGAUACGUUGAUGGUGCACAUCAAGUGGUUCUACCGGACCUCCGAGGUGCCCGAACAAGUGUAUCAAUUGCUGAUUCAAGACCGUCACAUUGAAUCGGCCGGAUCGCGGCGACUCAUGAACGAGUCCAUGUAUCGGACGCGGGAGCUCUUCAUCUCGGAAAUGACGGAUAUCUACCCGGCCUCCGUUCUCCGUGGGAAGUGCGUGGUCCACCAUUGCAUGGACCUGAAAGCCUUGAAGGAGUUCCAUCCCGAAGAGGACGUGUUCUUUUACACGCUCUCGUACAAUCCGGAAACCCGUCGAUUGGCCUCCACGCAGGGCGAGAUUCGGGUGGGGGCUUCCCAUCAGGCCAAGCUGCCGGAAUAUAAGGGCCAAGUGCCCAUCGAGCGACGACCCGAGCCUUGGGGCGAGGAGAUCGCUUGGUGUCCGGAGCGGAUCCAUGACCAUGAUUUGCUCAUGUUCUUGCGUGCAGCUCGUUCCAUGGCCGCUUUUGCCGCCAUGUGUGACGGUGGAUCGCCCGAGGAGGGCAUAUCGGCCGCUUCACGGGACGGGAUCACGGCCCAAGCCAUCCGGACAUUACACGAGUGCGAUUAUGACACGGGCAAGGCCUUGCAAAGCCUUUUGAAAACCCCUUUCCCUGAAGACAUCUUCCGGCGAUGGCAUGAGGAGGAGGUCAAGUGUUUCAUCAAGGGACUUCGACUUCAUGGGAAGAACUUCUUCAAGAUUCGGGCCGAGUUUCUGCCCGAGAAGGAUACGGCGGAGUUGAUCGAGUUCUACUAUUUCUGGAAGAAAACCACGGGUGCGGCCAACAACCGCCCUCGUGGCCGUCGGCACCGUCCAGCCGUGAUGCGACGAAUCAAGGGUGGCAAGGGCGCGACCAAGUCCAUGAAAGACGAUCCGACCGAUUUGAGUAGUUGUAGCGAGGCUGAGGAUAACGACAAGGUCGAGGUCAAGAAGGACCCGGAUGAGAUGAGCCCCUACUAUUGUCGGCAUUGCUUUACCACCUCAUCCAAGGAUUGGCAUCACGGGGGAAAGGAAAAGCUUCUUCUGUGUGCGGAAUGUCGAAUCUACUUCAAAAGAUACGCCGAGCUGCCCAAUUUGGAAGGCCACAAGUUCAUCGAGGACGAGGAGGACGAACCCGAAAUUGAAGAGCCCUUGGCUGUGAAGAAAGAGGAGCCCCAGUCGCCUCCUCACGCUCCCACGCCCCUUCUGGACGAUACCUCCAAGGACGAGCUUAAUCUGAACGCCAUCGAGGAGGACUCAAAGGAGCCUUUAGGUCUGUCGGGGGUGAGUUUGCCUACUGAUCCGGUCGAUUUGAAAGCCGAGCCACCUCAACCUGCUCUUGGCAAUCUGAAGUCGCCCAUUCCCACAUUGGGUGGAGCCUCACAACCUGGCCACAGCCGCCCUCUACCCACUGGUCUUCAUCAUGUCACACCACAACAGCCGCCACAGCCACAGCCGCAGUCACAGCCGCAGCCACAGUUGCCACAACAACAUCAGCCCCCACCCCCAACAUCGCUCCUAAUGCAACCUCAGCACCCGCCACCACCGUCACAACAGUCACAACAUGUGCCUCACCAGCAGCCAAUCCAACAGCACCAGCCAACUACCCCACAACAUCAACCACCACCAUCACAGCCGUUACAGCAGCCACAGCAACAUCUUCAGCAACAAAUUCAACAACAACAACAGCAGCAACAACAGGUUCCACAGCAGCUCAUGCAGCCACAACUCCAACAACCCCAACAACAACAGCAGCACCCCCCACCUCCCGCCGCACACACCAAUACCGAUAUUCAGGUUUUGGGCGAACGAGCCGCCGCUCGAAGUCCAGCAACUCCGGGGACCGCUCCGCCCCCGCCGGCCCAUCAUUCCGCCCUAUCAGCUCCACCACCGCCUCCCAGGAAGGACACGCCUCCUCCUAAACCCGAUGGCUCGGAAUGUCACCGAUCUCAGUCGGCCAUUUUCACUCGAAUGUGGAACCGGGGCGAAGGCAACUCGUGCUCCCGGACCGAUAUGAUCUUCAAGCCCGUUCCGGACUCGAAAUUGGCUCGGAAGCGAGAGGAACGCAUUCGCAAGGCCAACGAGAGGGAAGAGGCCUUGAAGGUCGAGUCGGUCAAACGAUCCCACAUGGAGAUGCAAGGCAUGCAUUCCCCACAUCACCCGCUCUUCAGUCCCAACGACCCCUAUGGCAAGGGUCCGCCUCAUCAUCGGCCCUCACCUUUUCCCCCCGGUCAUCCCAUGUCAGCUGAAAUGGAGAGGCGGGAUCACGAGCUCCGGAUGAGUCUCGGCGCUCCGCCUGUCAGUCGGGCGUCCAUGUACCCUCCGGGCUUUGGCCCCGCCCCGCCCCCUUCGCCCCACCAGGGACUGAUGCAAGCCGCAGCCGCUGAGAAUCGCCGAUUCGAGGAAAUGGCCGCACGGGCCUCGGCCGAACGGCAAUACGCCGAGCGAAUGAAUGCCUUGGCCACCGACCCUCUGGUGCGGCUCCAAAUGGCCGGAGUCACGCCCGAAAUGCCGGGACCGUUCCAUCCCUCUCACUAUGGACCGUUGGGUCCGCUCACGUCCUCGGCCGGUCUCUCCCGACCGCCCAAUGGGCUGGACCAAAGAUUUCGCUCGCCCGCCGAUAUGCUCAUGCGUCCCGGAGGUUAUCAUCACCAUCUUCCACCCAGCCAUGAGAUGCUCCAGAGGCAGUUGUUGAUGGAGAGGGAGCAUUCCAUCAUAGCCGCCCACCAAUCCGUGGCUGCGGCUGCCCAUAUGGCUCAACAAGAGGAGUUAUUCCGCAUGGAACAAGCCCGAGCCGCUGCCGCCAGUCGACAAUAGAAACACGGGCAUCACUUUGAUACUCGCUAUAUCGCAUGAACUGUCGGACUGUGACUGUACAGAUCCGAAAUCGCUCUCUUACCAAUGAAUCAUCCAUGUCAUGUAUUAUGUCCAACCGGAACAAUGAAUCAAUCAUAUUAGUAUUUUUCUUCGCUUGAACCAAUACACAAUUUGAUAGAUA